AUGCACCGCUUUCUUCGCUCUCUCCACACCUCUGGUUCGAAGGCAACAAGUCAUUACUGUCAGCCCACCAGAAACCAGCGAGUCUCAAGUCUCGUUCCCCUACUUAAUGUCAACACCUUGGAUCUCGCCUUUCAAUCCUCUCACCUGAAAGCCGUCCACCAGACAUUGGAAGCACAGGGAGUCCUCCAACUGCAACUAGGCUUUCCCGACAACGACAGCAAAUACCUCCAAAAACUCAUCAUAAACCUGCACAGAAAACACCAACACGGCCUCCCCAUAACACACAGCGCCGAGCGCGGCUGGUUCUGGGAUGUCCGACCUAGCCCAGACAGCUUUCAAACUCAGGGACACCAAGCGCGAUCGGAGACAAUGCACCGAUUCGACUGGCACACCGACUGCAGCUACGAGAAACACCCACCGCGAUACUUUGCGCUGCAAGUUCUCCAACCAGAUCGUUGCGGCGGUGGGACUCUGUCCGUACUAAAUGUCGAUCGGAUGCUUACACUUCUCUCCCCGUUCGCACUGAAAUGGCUAUCCACCCCAAACUACCGGAUAAAUGUUCCACCCGAGUUUAUGAAAGAGCCUGGCGAGAAGCAUAUUAGAGGGAAUGUCCUUGCGUUGAAGGCUGCGGGUCAACAGGGUGGCAGCCGGCUGCGAUUUCGGGAGGAUAUUAUGGUUCCGUUGACAGAGGACUGUGCGAAGGCACUGGAUGAACCCAAGGGUGUUUUGUUCAGCGAGGCUGCUCAGGCGGAGAUACUUCAUUUGAGUCCGGAGAGUCUUCCGCGGGGAUCGAUUAUCUUGAUGGAUAAUCAACGUUGGCUGCAUUCGCGUAAUGAAGUUAAAGAUCCGCGGCGGCAUCUCAGGAGGGUUCGAUGGGGUGCGACUUCGUUUGGAGAUUCGAGUAUCUAA